AUGGGAUUAUUUAUACAAAGAGCACUGUUUUAUUUGUGUAUUGUUGGCAGUUUGACAACUUUGAUCUCGCAUUUUUAUAUAUUUACGUACCCUUCAACACAUGCGAAUUUAUGUUCAUGGGAUCAUGAAUUGGAAUGGGAUAUUCCAUGGCAAAGGGAUGCAGCACUAGGCCAAUGGCACUUGAAGAAAUGGGUUCAUAUUGGUGUCAAUUAUGUGAUUGAUAUGAUUAGAAGUUUGGGUGGUGCUAGUCAAUGGGACAAAAAGACACAAUUGAGGAUGCUUGCCUUUGGAGAUCCUCAGAUUAUUGGAGUGAACAAACAUACGACGUAUCGUAGUGGAGUAGAUACGUUUGGAAAUGAUUUUUUCUUGGGACAUAUUUUCCAAUUGAUGCAAAGAAGAUUGAAUCCCACUCAUGUCGUGAUAUUGGGGGAUUUAAUUUCUUCACAAUGGGUUGAUGAUUCUGAAUAUUUCAAUCGAACCAGACGGUAUUCACAAAGGAUCUAUAAUAGGAAGCCCAGUGUAUUACAACGAGCAUUUCAAGAAUCGCAUGACAGGCAAACCGGUCAAUACAAAUCACCAGUACAAUGGUGGAAGGACAAUGUUGGUAAUAAUCAUCAAGAAUGUUCGUACAAGGAUGUUUAUACUUGGGACAAGUCGUUUGAAAAUUUUUUGUUUGUUAAUGUAUCGGGGAAUCACGAUGUCGGGUACUCUGGCGACACGACGUAUGAGAUGAUGAGUCGGUAUAAUCAUUUGUACGGCAAGGAUAAUUUCUGGAUAGAGUAUCAAACACAAAGCAAAAGAGCGUGGCGAAUUGUCGUUUUGAAUUCCUUGGCACUUGAUGGUCCAUGUUUACACAGUGAAAUUUGUGAUAGGACCUGGGAAUUUCUUUCGGAAUUGCAUCUGCAGGGAUUUAAUGGGAGCACUAUUUUGUUAACACAUGUUCCCCUUUAUAAGCGAGAAGGGUUGUGUAAGGAUGGACCCAGCAUGGAGUAUUACGAUGACGGACAAGAUGGGGUCUUGUUGGCAGAACAAAACCAUCUAAGCCAAGAAAGUAGUGAUCGUGUAUUGGAUCUUGUUUUUGAUAAUGGCAAGCCGGGAUUUAUCUUGAACGGACAUGAUCAUUGGGGGUGUGAGACGGUUUAUAGUCAAAUGGGAGAUGGGAACGGGUGGGAGUGUGACAAGAGCAACACCAGUGCACGGUACGUUCGGGAGGCUACGGUGAAGUCUGUGAUGGGGCAAUACCAUGGCAACUCGGGCUUGUUGAGAGGAGAUUUCAAUGAAGAAAGACAAGAAUGGGAAUACGAAUACUCGUUGUGUCCGUUUACAAGAGAACACCCGUGGUGGGUGGCCAAAGUCUCGUUGUUUUUGACUGUACUUGGAUGGUCUGUGUACGCACUAGUGCAGAUGCACUAG